AUUAGAGGCGACGCAGCGGCGGGAAUGGCUUCCACCGGCGGCGGCGUUAGCUCCUAGCUCAGCCCAGACGGUCGAUUCAUCCGUCAGCCAUACAUCCCCAGCUGCCUCUUAAUCACCAGGGGAUUUUCCCGGCAGGGAAAAGCUGGCCGUGGCUCGCCUGCAGAGGGAAGUCGCACGGAGCAAGAGCGAAGGAACAAUGCGAGAAAAGCUGAUCCACGAGCUAGAGGAAGAGCGACGUUUGCGACUGGAGAGCGAGAAGCGUCUCCGGGAGGUGACGGAGGAGUCCGAGCUGGGACGGGCGCAGAUGGUUUCACUGCAGCAGAAAUUCUCCAGGAUGGAAGAGACGGUGCGGUCGCUGCUGCAGAAUCCGGGCGUCCUGGAGCAGACCGCUGUGGACACGGUGGACAUCAUGAAGGCCUACAAGGAUAAACUCUCCGAGGAAGUGCAGAAGCAGCACGAUGGCCCCGAAGAGAACGGCUCCCCGCCGGCGACUCAAACGGAGACAGGCACCGGGCUGCCGCCGAACGCCGAUCCUGAUGCCAGCCAAGCAGAAGAGGACACAGACAAGACCAAGCCCCUUCUGGAGCGCCUCAAGGCCCUCGAGGAGAAGAACUCUGCCUUGGCUUUGGAGAACGAGAGCCAGAGGGAACAGUACGAACGCUGUCUGGAUGAGGUUGCCAAUCAAGUCGUGCAGGCGCUUCUCACCCAGAAGGAUCUGAGAGAGGAAUGUCUGAAGCUGCGGACUCGCGUUUUCGACCUCGAGCAGCAGAAUCGGGCCCUGAGCGUUUUGUUCCAGCAGCGGAUCAAGCCCGCCUCGGACCUGCUUCUCCAGAAACUCCACUCUCGGAUCAUGGAUUUAUCUGCGGCAGAUUUGCUCCUGGAGCCAGAGAGAAGCAAGGCCUACUUGCUUUCCAGGAGUACAGACUCUCCCUCCAGUGAGCUUCAGUUGAAUGGAAAGGCAGGUCUCCCCGUGGCCAAGUGUUUGAGCCAGCUGAGUCUGACGGUGCCAGCUCCUGUGUACCCACGCAGCAGCUGCAGCAGUAGUGAGCUGUCGCUGUCAAGUGCAUGCAGUGAAUUCUCCAGCGGCUCGUACACCUGGAAUGAUGGACGCUCCUGUGGGAAAAUGUCAUCUCUGACCUGGGAGAAGAGGCUGAGUUUGGGUUCGUCAGCACCCAGCAAUAUCUGUGCCGCCCUGGAGGAGCAGCAGCCCACGAGACGCAAGGAGAGCCACAUAUUAGAGGGACUGAGAAAGCUUCAGAGGAGGAAACACAGGAGCUCCUCUGCUUCAUCCAAGGUCUCCAAGUCAGGCUACAAAGACUGCAUGAACUCCAAUGAGGGCAUCUACUCCCUGGGCAUCAAGAGUAGCAGUAAAGGGGUGUCCAAACCUAACCAUGUGGGUAGAGCUUUAGCUGCUGGGGGCAAGAGGUUCACUUAUGAUUCUGAUGAUGCUGAUGAUGAAUUGGCACAUUCCAGUCGUGGAGAUGACAUCCCCACCAAAGAUGGCUGGUUUUAUUGUAAGAGGCUCUCCCACAGCAUCUCAGACAGUUUGUGCAGCUGGGAGGGGGUACAGGACAGUGGAGGUGGAGGUGAUGGUAGCUCAGGUCCUGUGGAUAUGAAACACCCUUCUGGCUAUGACUCAAAAGAGCGUCCUGAAAAACUUCUGAGUUUCAUCAACAGUUGUCUCCCUGAGGGAGGGCGGACAUCAGCUUUUACUAAACCAUCCGUGCUGCACUUCAACCCUUCUGAUCCAAAGGGUCCAAAUCACGUCUCUGAUGUGGAUGAUCCAGAGGAACUCAACUCUGAGUCCAGUGACAUCCGAAUGUCCUUCAACCAGCCACCAGAGCAAGCAGAGAGGGACUCAAAGAGACUGUCAAGAGACGCUGCCAAGCUGCUCACACAACAGUGGUUGAGAAGAGACCAGGGACGCACCCAGUCUGCAGAUGGGAGGCCCAGGCCUUUCAGUCUAAUUAAGGAGCCCAAAGUUGCCAAGUGUACUCAGUCUGAGGAGAGCAUUUUAGCAAUAUUUGAUGCAGAAGGGGAACCUAUUGAACUGUGUGCUCAGAAACUCCCAGUAGGUGCUGGGCCUCAAAAUGACAUUAAAGGUAGCAAGGUGGUUGCUGAUUACUCAGAACUCGUUCCCCAAGAGAGGCCAAUAAAACAAAAGUCCGGAAAUGCAAGAAACUACACUGUUCUUGAAUCUCCGGAGAAGCUAUCUGAAUAUCAAAUUAGGACUAGCAAAACAAGCAAAAGCAGAGAGGGCAGUGCAGAGAGGAUGUCAAUGCAGCUGACGCCACAGAGGAAACUAAUUAAACCACCAAACAGCCGAUCUCAUAAAGGCCAUUCCAUCCCUCCCAUGAACGAUUCUGCUGGUCCCAAGUCCAGUGGUUCAAAGAUACCUGGUCGUAACAAACCGUCUGGAUCCCCGCUGCGAUUGUCUAAGGGCUCCUCCACUGAACCAACGAACAGUGGAAACUCAGGACCCUCUGGUCAGGAGAAAUCCCCCUCCUCUCCAGCAGUCAAAAUAUCCAGGUUCAUCAAGGCACCGGGAACCUGCACACAGAGCCCAAAGGCAGUGAACUACAAGCUCCCUAACAGGUCCGAAUUUAACAAGAGCUCCUCCUCCAGUUCCCCACACCUCUCAAGGAGGCACCUGGAGUAUGCUGACAAUGGCGAACAGCCAACCAGAGACAAACACUGUGAAACCAGCAAAAAUAAACUCAGGUCCCCUUCUCCACCCCCUCCCCCUGGCCGCACCACCUCCUUACUGAUCAGACCAAAUUACGAGGGGUCACCUCAAGCACAUAAAACAUGGGUGGCUCAACCAUCCACACCAACCACUGUGAGGGGCCCUCCCCCAAGUUACCACACCUCACUUUUACCAAAUAUGCAAACUACACUACCCAUCAAGGAUAAAGACUGUUUAGAAUUGGAUGCAGGCUACGGGACUGCACUUGCACCUCAGAAACUGGUUGACAAAGCCAGUCAGCACCUUCAAAAGUCCCCCGCCAUGACUCAGACACCUACUAAAGGCACUUCCAAGAGGAUGACUAUGAAAGACUACCUCCCUUCUGCAAACUCAGGGUGUGCUCCAGAAACUGAAAAUGCAACUAAAAGCUCAAAGAAUGUCCCUCCUCCCUACAGUGCCCUCAGAGGGUCCUCACUUCAGAACUCAUUUGCAAGUAAAAGAGGAUCAGCAAAUGAAAAUGUCCAUCACACAGUGCAGAAGACCUCCAUUAGUUUACCGAUAUCACUUCAGGACACCCCUCAAGGUAAAACCGAACCACCAAAUGGUAAAGCUGUAGUCAGCCCACCCAGCUCGGUCAUGAUUUCCCCUAACACAGCGGAAAAAGCCUCAAAGACUCGCAUCCCGAUGGGAUUUAAAGCAUUUUUAAAAUCUCCCCCCAGCCAUAAAAAUAGUGCCUCUAUACCAGGCAAGCAAGAGAAAGAUCAUAUCAACUCAGUCUCCAAGGAGACUGUGACUUCAAAUGUUUCUACCCAGUGUGACAGCUUGCAGGCAGUGUGCAUUGAUUCUCCACCCAAGAUGUCCGUUACAGAGGGCAAAGGUGAGGUUCAGUGUAGGUUACUGGAAGAGGAAGUUCAUGCUGCUGUGCUACCAGAGGAGGGGGACGAUAAAGGGAAAAGAAGCAGUCAGCUUUUCUCUCGAUCCAUAUCUGUUACUACCAAAACCCAUCUAAAGCCGGCCUUGGGGAUGAAUGGGGCCAAAGCCCGUAGCCAGAGUUUCAGCACCAACUACAUUGAGAAACCCAACAUCAAUGUUCUAGAUGGACCGGGAAAAAUCCGAACUCAGAUCAUCACCAACUCAGGUGAAAGGGGGAACUCUUUGUCAAGACAGAGCUCCUUGGAGGUACCCAGUGUUGGGUUAGCUGAGAGCCCUGUCCAUUCCCCCAGGACAAGGCUGAGCCACUAUGGAGGUAUGACAGGGUCAAAUAGCCACAACCCUUUCCCUGAGAGAACUUCUAAGUCCAGCUCCAAAGGUGAAGGGUCACAGGGUGCGGUGAAGGGGGAGGUAAUCACCUCACCUCCUCAAAAAGAGGUGCGGAGCUUACCUAUCAACGAUAGGACUGGUUUGAACAACAUCCGUAAACCAGCAAAAGUUGCCUCUCAUCCGCAGUUUCAGCCGCCGUCCUCUUGUGUCUACAGUUCAGAAAAUGCAGUGCGAGAGACAGGAGGCAUAGCAACCACCCCGAAUGAGCCAGACUUUAACAGAGAAGUCAAAACGCAGACAGAUUCACCAAACAAAGCCCCAGAUAUGGAGGAGAAAAAAAUCAGCCCAACAGUUUGCACUAUUGAAGAGAAAGUCAUGAUGGGAAUCGAAGAGAAUAUCCAGAAAUGUCAAGAACAGGAGAAGGUUGCCGCUAACGAGGCCAAACAGAAAACGGGCCACUCUCUGGCGAACUGGUUCGGCCUCCGUAAAAGCAAACUUCCGGCUCUGAGUGGUAAGAAAGCAGAUUCUCCCAAAGGAAAAGAGGAGAAGAGAGAGCUGAAGAUCGGAUCGGUGCUUGGAGGCAAACAGAUGAAGUCUGACAAGAGGAAGGACAAGAAGAAAAAUGAUAGCCAGCAGAAAGACAGUCAGGAGGUGCAGAAUCUGUCCGAGGUGAACAACAAGCUGAGCUCUAUCAUGGACCAUUGCAACAAUCAGAUGGGUCAGAUUGCCAGUCAGAUCCAGUGUACGACAGCCUUCAUCGGCAAAGACCAGUUUGUGAAGGAGCUUCUUGGCAGGACUGCCACGAAGGGCAACUCUGUGACUGCAUCGCCGCCUGGGAUCUCCACACCCAAGAAGCACGGCGAAAUGAAGGGAGAUGUGGAGAUCUGUCCAGAUACCGCUACCCUGCUAUUGACUCAGAAGAUCAACCUGAGGGCUGAAAAUGAGGAGGGACGCAUCCCAGACACAGCUUGCCAAGACCACAUGAUAGGCUCCGGCUGUCAGAUGAGAACCCUGGACAGUGGAAUCGGCACCUUCCCUCUCCCCGAUUCCGUCAACCGGGCCAGCAGUCGCCACAUCCCUAAAUCUGAAUCCAGCCCCAAUGGGGUGAUGGCUGGCUCCUCUGACCUCGACCGGGAGCCUCCCUCUUCCCACCCAGACCCCUCACAACCUGAUGUGAAAGUGCCUUCCUUCCCAAAAACCCGCCUGCAUGCCCCUACAAGCAUGGGUCACUCCCUGUCCGACCCCAGUGUGACCAGCAGCAACAACGUACAAGACACCCAGAGCCGCCUGCCCAAAUUAGCAACUUCAGAUGCUAUCAGGACCAAGAGGUUGAGUCUCGGUGCUCUUCGCAGCAACGUCUCUGCAGAGGAGCAGGAGAAAGAAGCAGAGAAGACGAAGAAAACCAGGGUUCAUGACAUGCCCUGUGAAAGAGCCCUGCAAGUGUGCACGUACUCGGGGAGCAGCAGCGACACCGAGACUGAACCCGAGGGAACCGGAAGCACUUUGGCCUCGCCGCAGAGGACCCUGAUCUACAGAGCCAAGAAGAGUGACUCAGUGGACCAGAACGAGGAGACCCUGAAGAGAAGCAGCGUGGAGAAAUCCUUGUCAAUCAUGGACUACUACCAGCAUGAUGUGUUCUCACAUCUGGAGAAGGACAGCAAGAGGAUUUCCCAGUACAACUUGUUGCACAAAGAGUCAUCCCUCGAUGGCAAGGCAGGAGACAGACUCAGUAAGGAGAUUCCCACGGAGAAGUCCCCCGUCGGCGCGAACCAGCCGGCCUCGCUCGACUUCUCGCUGGAGUCCCUGAACAAGCUGAACCACGGCAGCUCCGGCAGCCUGUACCCGGACACGGGCUCAGGUGGCCGCAGAGGCGACUGCCGCGCCGAUGUGGGGAAGAGCGGCGAGGACUGCUGCAAGGUGGACGAGCCCUCCUCCUCCAGCUUCUCCAGCAGGCCCGGGGUGGACCCCGUGGGCUCCCUCAGCGACUCGCUGUACGACAGCUUCUCCUCCUGCACCAGUCAGGGCUCCAACGACGUGUAGGGCCAACGAGCAAGGCGGCAGGGCUGUGGUGCAAGAGUCCAGUCUUUCUCUGUCAAGGUCUUGGCCCCCUUUUUGAAUUCCCUUCUCUUGUUUGGCUGUGGAAGGGUACAGUAGGCCCAUGGAGUGGAUUUGCAGGUAGAUUUUCACCUCUGUUCACCCUCAAGAACCUCCCUAAACAUGAGCUUUUGCAUUUGCAAGUAAAAAAACACUCAACAGGAGUUGGUUUGGUCCAGCUUUGAUCCCAGCCCCUGGUCCUGAUUCAAGCCCCGACUUCCAUUUCAUCUUGGAAAUGACUCAGACUGGACUAGCGUGGUCUUGACUACAGCCCUGACGCGACAGGUGGAGCCCUACCCUUGUACAUCCAACACAAAGCACUUAGUGGAGCCGGAGACACGAGAAUGAAACCUGAACCCAAGCACCAAACCAGGACUUUUACUAGUCUGACUCUGGACGUGGUGGACUGGACAGCAAUACACAGCGUUGUCUCGUUGCAAUUCUUAGUUAUCUUUUUCCCCGUGCUGAGGGAACUUCUUAUCAUUGCACUGUAAGAAAUACUGUACAAAGUUUGUGAGGAGUGUAAAGUGAGCGAUACAAGCGGUGAUAAGCAGGGCGUCUCGGGAGCGACGCUGAUGGGCAACAUUGGUGUGGAGCUGCAACAAAAUGCUUUGAUUGCAUUCCUGCUUGCUAGGAAACUAGAUUUAAACCUAAGGUGUCAUUUUAUGUUUGCUGCUAAGUACAUUGCCCAAAAGUUGCCCACGUGGAAUCACAACAACCAAUAAAACACCCGGUUCAGCUUUGUCUUCUUUUCUGAAGCAGUGUUUUUUUAAACUGUCACAUUUUCAGUCAUUUUUGUCGGUAAAGCCUGUCGCCAAUCUUUUCCCCGUGUGUUAUUUUGAGCAGUAACUCAGCCGACAACAGCAAGCAGAACAGAGAAUUGUGAAAAACGUUCUUCAGAUGACAUGAAAAUUAUCACCGUGCAGCUAACAAAACAGCAGUGUCAACUGAAAUGAUUUUCUGCUUCCACGCGGUACAUUAAUGAAUAAUGCUGAUUUUUCAGUGUCUGGCUGGUACACAGUUACAGCAAACAACCAACUUUUCGGCUUCAACGCACCCAGUGUCAUUGUUGGUAGCUCAGGGAACAUACUGGACUCAUGUAGAUUGUAAGAAUUGAAAAUGCAGCCAUCAGGAAAUUGUUGAUAAAUACAAAAAACUUUUUUUUUGAGUUCCUGAUGCAAAACUCCAGAAUCCAAACAGUCUAGUCUCAUGUAGCAGAACACACCCGAACUCUCCAAACCUCAGUUUUCCUCUCAUAGUUGUAUAUUAUGUUGUAUAUAGAAACUGCUAUAAGUUAAUUUCAGAAUGGGCAUUGCUGAUUGAUAUAUGCAAAUGAGAAAAAAAAAAAAAAAAGAUGUAAAUUGUCUGCCAAUCAUUCAACCAAGGUUUUGAGUCUACUGUCUGAAAAUGUCUUGUAUCUUUGCUUAUGGAAUUCUUUAGGGGUUCUUGUUUAAAAAAAAAAAAAAUCUUUAUUUUGAUCGAUAAGAGCUAAUACUAAAAUAUUUUAUCACUUUAUUUUAAAGACAUAUUUGAACUUUAGGUGAAGUUAUGCCAAAUCUCUAUCUGGAAUUUGACCAGCUGGUGCUAAUCAACAGAGCCGACUGUGUGUUUCAAUUUUUCUAUGAAACUGUUAAUAUUGUAUGAAGAGAGUCUGAAGAGGACUUGUGUAUUUUUCUAGAUGUCCAGUAUUUAUACCCACAUUUUGUACUGUCAGACUGUAGUGUGAUUGUCAUGCUUCACCUCUCUCCUUAAAUGUUCCUGGUUCCUUUGUAAAGAGAAAUGGUUACCAGCAGUGUUACUUUGGUAAUUAUUAUUAAUGUUAUUGUUAUUAUUAUUAUUAUUACUGUGUGCAAUUUUGUCUGUUACACCAGACUUUAAUGCUAUAUUUUAUGUAACUAUUUCCUAAAUAAAUAUG